CCAUGGAUGCUGCGGCGCAGGGUCUCACAGACAGACUAUGGCCUUCAAAGCCGAAAAGAAAAGGGAGAGAAAGAGUCGGAGCCGCUAGCUGGGUUUUGAGGGUUUCAAAAGGCAAGACUCUCUCGACCAAGGGGGGAAAGCCCAGAGUGCUUGUAUCGCAGCGGUCUCUUGGGCUUGUGGCAACUUGCGGUGCUCUAUAGCACGGCGCCCGUAGGGUUAGGCAGCCGCCGCGUUUUCCAUCGAGUUCCAUCGAGUUCCACCAAUGGGAUUUUUUGUUCCUGUGCGCCUCGCUUAACACUUCCUAAAAGGUGUCAAUGUCACUGUCACUGUCGCUUUUGAGGAAAAUCCAAUAAAUAAAUA